AUGUCGUCUGCAAACUUCCUCCCAAAAUUAUCUUCACCUGACGUGCAACAAGCAGCGCAGCUGAUACAACAGGCAUAUUCGAGUGCCCAGGCCCAGGUGGAUCAAAGACGGAUACAGCAAGAGCUGGUCGAGAUACAGAAACGACCAGAGGCAUGGGGAUUGAUUGUACCUUUCCUCGAAUAUCCCGACCCAAAUGUGCAGUUCUUCGGUGCACAUACUGCGCAGGUCAAGAUCAUGCGUGAUUGGGAUUCAUUUCCUGACGAAAACGCCGAACAUCUGCGUGACUUGUUGCUCAAGCUCACCUCGCACUCGAUAUUGACUGGCAAAGGAAAGGUAGUAUGCCGUAAACUAUUCGUCGCAAUCACAUCACUUGCACUCCGCAUUGCGCCGGGUUCACCUUCGAGGUGGCCAGACUGGAUAGUGUCGGCAGUGAAUUCUCUCUCUUCGUCUGGCAUGCCUCCAGAACAACUCCUUGCAUUCCUUACCAUAGUCGCUGAAGAGGUCGAAACGGCCGACCUUCUAGGGUCCAGUAAGAUGCAAAUGCAUCAAUCUCUUCUAGACGCGUCUCCGAUGGUCGUCCAAGCUGUAGUAAUAUCUAUCACUCGACCAAGUCUCAUAUUGCCCGAGCUCCAAUCUGCGCUCAAGUGCUUCCAAGCAUGGAUAUACACAUUACGGGCCAAUGAUAUCACCCCCAUCAUUCCGCUGUUGAUCACCAUUAUGACGCCCGCACCAGACUCUGGAUUCGACGAGUCGACUUUCUCAGCGGCUUCUGACGUCUUGCAGGAGAUCAUGACAAGGUCCUCGUUGGCUGGAGGUGCGGGUGCGUCCACGUUGACAGAGCCGCUUCUUGUUUGGCUUGAUGCCUAUGGAGAUCGCGCUGGUUCAGUCGACGGUGUGUCUCAUUCACUUUGUAAAUUACUAGUCGCCCUCGGAGAUCACUCCACAACAUAUUUCGCGUCCAACAUCACGUCGUUGAAACCCCGCGCCUACUUCGUACAGAAGUUCUUGCAUCUCCUUUUGAAAUACACUGGAUUACCGGGUUAUUACGGUGUCGACGAAGAGGCGAGCGAGAUGACUCUUGGCUUUUGGUACCUCUUUCAAGAGUCCUUGUGGAGUGUGGAGAGGGUAGUACCUUCCCUUGUCGAUGUCGAGGAAAAGGAACAAUGGGCCGUUGUGAAUGCGGUAUAUGUUCAACUCGUGGAGGUGCUGAGAAGGAAAGUGAUGUGGCCCGACCAGCAAUAUCGGAGGGACGUUGGUGAUACUCUGAUUAAUGCAUAUUACAUCCUGCGAAAUGACAUGAUGAGGUACUACCUCGAGGACAUGCAGAAGCGCUUUGCACAACCCAAUGGAUCCCAAGGGUGGGAGGAAAUUGAAGCUACUCUGCACUGCAUCAUGUCAAUCCAAGAAGCGGUUCCGCUGGAAGACAAUCCGUUCCUCGCCCGAUUGUUUGGACCUGACUGUCAGGAUCGAAUACGUAGGACUAUGCUUGGCUUGAUUGCGGCGUACUCAACAUGGUUCACCACCCAGCCCAAAUCACCGACACCCAGCUCAACUCCAUCUCUUCUGAUGAACGCCAUUUCUUAUGUUGUAGCUGCUUUACCAGAGCCUGCGUUAUGCCUUCCGGCUGCGAAUGCCCUUCGUGAUCUGUGCGAUUCUAACCGUGCUGCGCUGGCGCCUCAUAUUGGAGCGUUUGCGGAGCUGCAUGCUGGAUUGAGUGGUAUCCCGGAUACGGAAAAGAGCAAGGUCCUUCAAUCAAUCGCGAGCGUAAUACAAGCAUUGCCACCUGAAGAGGAGAUUCCACCCAUCCAUGCGAUUAUCAGCCCGGUAGUCGAAAGGCUUGCGCAAGCCCUCCACGUGUCCUCCUCGCUCCUGGACGAAACUCGCUUUAUCAUCAUUUCCCAGCUUCAGACACUGUCAGGGGUAGCCAAAGGUCUCACACGCACGCAAGACUCGUUGCUCAUCCUUGACGAAUCACCCGAAGAGAGAGCCGAGGCUGAGCGCCUACAACGAGCACCGACGCUUUGGUCUACAGACGCUGGUGUUUCGGAUGCUUUGAGCGACUUUUUCCGCUCGAUAACCUCUUUGCCCUCGGAUACCACCCUGCUUUCGCUUCCUGCGGCUCCGAUUUUUGAGAUCAUAUGUCUUGCUUGCCAGAGGCAGCUUACGGCUGUGUGGCUUUCCCUGGCAAACAUGCUCGUCAUACAGCUUGAUCCGCCGACAUUGUUUACGGCCUCGACGCUUAAAUCCGCACCAAGUCCUGAAGCGCUGGGGGUGAUCUCGACUUUGCUGCCGCUUUUGCUUGAAACAUCGCUAGGGAUGCUAGGGCAGCCAGGUGCGAUGGAAGCUAACCCUGAUAUCGUACAGGCAUUUUUCGGGUGCAUGGAUACCAUCGCGAAGCAUUUCCUUGUGGUCUUCUAUCGACUGCCACCCGGUGCCCUCGAUGCGCUGAUGCAAUGUGCCGUGACUUCAUUGUCGCUGCAAGAGCGAUAUUCGCUUGUUGCAACAUGCACUUUUCUGGUACUUGAAACGCUCAUCAGGCGGACGGCUAGCAGUGAUGAUCUGGGAGAUGCAAGUACGAUACUGAUCCAAGGACACGGUCGGCCGAUCCUCCAAGCUAUUUUGUGUGGCUUCGCGGGCGUAGCGCCAAGAUCCGCGACGCAAAACCUGAUUGAGUUGCUGUCCAUAGUGGCGUCCAAGUUCCCCGCAGAGACGAGAACUUGGAUGAAUGAUAUCUUGUUUGCGGACGACUUUGUGCAAUCAAAAGCAAGCCCGGAGGCAAAGCGGGCUUUCGUAAAAGCUAUCAUAGGAAAACGAGGGAGGCAGGCACAGCAGUUUACGCUUGUCGCUCGGGGCUUGGAAGGCACUAGCUUUGGAUAUGCCUCUGUUAAUAUUUGA